AUGUCGGCUGCUACAGAUAAAGCUCGGUUCUUUCUCGAGAAGUCAGUUCCGGAGCUGAAGGAGUACGAACAGAAGAAGCUGUUCAGCAAGGAUGAAAUUACCUCCAUAAUCAAAAAGCGAUCGGAUUUCGAACAUAAAGUCAAUGCGCGAGGCGCAAAGCCCCUUGAUUUUCUCCGAUAUGUCGAGUACGAGAUCAACUUGGAGACCCUGCGGAAAAAGCGAGUGAAGCGGAUGGGAAUUCGGGCUAUGGGGCAUAACGGUCAGCGUCGCAUCUUUUUCAUUCUGGACCGUGCGACGCGCAGAUUCCAUGGCGACAUCAACCUGUGGGUUCAAUACAUUGAAUAUACCCGGAAGCAAAAGGCUUUCAAGAAGCUCACUUCAAUCAUUACCGAUGCCGUGCGCUUACACCCAACCAACGCCGAGUUAUGGGUCUACGCGGCCAAAUACGUUCUGGAGGACCAUGCGGAUAUGUCUCAGGCACGGAGUUACAUGCAACGAGGUCUCCGCUUUUGCAAGAGUGCGCGCAACUUGUGGAUUCAAUACGCCAAGCUGGAAUUAAUCUAUAUUGCCAAACUGGUGGCUCGCCAACGGAUUUUGGGACUGGAUGAGUCCGUUCAGCGACCCAAAGCUGUCGAGGGACCAGGACUGGGAGAUCCUGACGCUGACGUGAUUGCAGUUCCUGCGAUCACCGAAGAAGAUAUCAACCCGACUAUGGAGGGUGAUGAGGUUGAUGAGAAUGCCCUGGAGACACUGAACGCCACACCCGCCCUUAGCGGUGCGAUCCCAAUGGCAAUCUUUGACUCCGCUAUGAAGAAUUUCAACAACGACGACCGAUUUGGUCUUGAAUUCUACGAGAUGGUGUCGGAGUUCGAGGAUGCGCCGUGUCUGCGGAAGAUCCUUGGCCACGUGGUGGAGAACUUGCAGGCCAACCAACCUACUAGCUCUCGCACACGCAUCUGUUACAUCAAAUUCCCCACGAUGGGAGUCCGCGUUACAUCAUCGGAAUUCCCUCGCGCUUUGGGUAGCUCGCUUGCUCGUCUGAAGGAGUUCCAGCCCCUGGAUGCCAGCCUUGCACAAGAGGUGGUGAAAUGGUUGAAGCCGGUAGCGGAGACAGAGGAUCUGGAUUCAUCAUUGAAGAUGGUUAUUAUGUCCACACUGCGCAAUGCCGAGCGAGCAUUGCAGUAA